CCCCGAGGUGACAGGAGGAAGCGGGAGGUGGAGGGUGGAGAGGAGGUCCCGCCCCCACCUCGCUCUCCUUUACGGGAAGUGAUGUGGGGCCAGACGGAAAAGACCCGCCAAGGACCCAAAAAAGGCCUGCACGGGUGGCUGCUGCGCGCACAGAGGCCGAGCGGCGUGGGGACAGUGGGCUGAGCCAGACAAAAAGUAAGCUUUUUGAAGAGGACAUGUGAUUGGAAGUUGUCUAAUUGUUGAAGUGUUGGGAACUCCAGUCUCUAAAGUCUUAGAAAAACAACUGAGGAUUUAUACUUUGUCAAGGUGAACCAGAGUUCUUCAUUAUGUCUGAUGGAGACUAUGAUUACCUCAUCAAGUUUUUAGCUUUGGGAGACUCUGGAGUAGGGAAGACCAGUGUACUUUACCAGUACACAGAUGGUAAAUUCAACUCCAAAUUUAUCACAACAGUGGGCAUUGAUUUCAGGGAAAAGAGAGUGGUAUACAGAGCCAAUGGGCCGGAUGGAGCCGUUGGCAGAGGCCAGAGAAUCCACCUGCAGUUAUGGGACACAGCAGGGCAGGAGAGGUUUCGGAGCUUGACAACAGCAUUCUUCAGAGAUGCUAUGGGGUUUCUUCUGCUUUUUGAUCUGACAAAUGAGCAAAGUUUCCUCAAUGUCAGGAACUGGAUAAGCCAGCUACAAAUGCAUGCAUACUGUGAAAACCCAGAUAUAGUGUUAUGUGGGAAUAAGAGUGAUCUGGAAGACCAGCGAGCAGUGAAAGAGGAAGAGGCCAGAGGACUGGCAGAGAAAUAUGGAAUCCCCUACUUUGAAACGAGCGCUGCCAACGGGACAAACAUAAGCGAAGCGAUCGAGACGCUCCUGGACCUGAUAAUGAAGCGGAUGGAGCGGUGUGUGGACAAGUCCUGGAUCCCUGAAGGAGUGGUGCGGCCCAAUGGCCACCCCUCUGCGGACCCGAUAAGUGAAGGAAAGCCGAAGGGGGCAUGUGGCUGUUGAAAAGUCCAGUGCGCUCCGCAAUGAUCUGAGUGGCCCGCGUCUGCAGUCUCCUCUAGGGGUGACACGCGGCACAGAGAGAGGCGAACGGGCAUUGUGUACAGGCUCCCUCUCGCUAUCCCGAUGAGACCAAUCAAUAAAGCAUCCAGUUUUAAAAUCAGUUUGCCGCAGCUUUUUAAACAUUUCUGUAAGAUUCAGCCUGAGAGUUAGGAGGAAUAUUGCACAUAGCCAAAAGUGCCUUAGAAAACCUUACUUAGCCUAUGGCAGUAAAUCACUCAAGGAUUUGGGAUUUUGUAGCUACAGAAGGGUGUGUUUAUUAUGAAGAAUGACUAAAGAUAUAGUCACCUGCCUUAACAUAGAUCAGCCCAGUGUGUCACAUUCGAGAUCUGAGAUGCGAUUAUAAAAGCACCAGUCUUUAACCCAAAUGAAAAUAUCCUGCUUGUACUGUAGGUGACCUCCUAAAACGCCAUCUAAACCCCUUGAAUAUUAAACAAGAAUAUGCACAAACAUCGGGUUCAGUGUCCUCAAAUAUUAAUUCAUGUAAGCAUUCUCUUUAAAAUGAAUAUUGGACAAAUUAUGGCCAUAUCUAUAGACCCUGGAUACACUGGAUCCAUCAGUCACGUACUGACUGUGAUUCUUGUUUGUGGGAACGGGAUUGGGGCUCAGGGUAGGGGUGGCUUCACAUAGCAGGAGCAACUGAGGUGGGGCUUAAUGCCCAGGGCGGCUGCUGUAUUCCCAUUGCUCUUCAGGUUCGAUAGAAGGGACAGAGAACUAGAUUGUCAUGGCUUUAGUUCUCUGUGAUCUUAGCAUUUAUACUUGGCCUACACGCUGGCCACAUCUGAACAUAGCUGGUGCUUAUGCUAAGUUGUUUGUAAUAAAUAAACAUUUAGUUUCUUUUUCUUCAUAUUUAUAAUGUUGGUCUGGUGUCCUCAGACCACACUUUCAAUUGGCAUGUGAACUACCAGUCUUCUGUCUUCACCACCAGGUUCUGGAUUGUUGAUCUUUGCAACUUGUUUUAUUUUUACAUUGGCAGAAUUGAAGGAAUUCGUUUUUAAUGAUGUAAAAUGUCCUUUUGCUAUUUACUGGAUGAUAGAUGUUUAUAUUUAAGUGGUUACAUUUGUAUUCUAGCUCAAUAUAAGAAAAAUAAAGUGUUCUACAGCCUGUAUUUUUCACUGAGAUCAGGGGCAUCUGUAUUUGCUGGGUCUUGCCAAGGUCACAUAUUCUUCUGCAUUGCCAAAGUGUCUUUAUACCCAAUUAAAGAUGAUUUUAAAAUGUGCUUUGUGGCAGUUUAUAAAGGUCAAAGGGGACAAUUCUUAUUUAUUAAAGUGGUUUAAAUAGAUUAAAAUUUCCAAAAAGUUUAAUAACUAUUUAGAGAACAAUACAUUAUAAUUUAAAUAAAUGGAUUUACAUAAAAUAAAUAUAAAUGUAUGUUGUGGUAGCAAAUGUUUGGCAAAGUGUAAUUAGAAAAAUACAACUUUUUUGGAAAGUAAUUGCUUUUACAUGAUUAUUUUCAAAUGGCUUUUUGUUGAGUACCUAUCCUGUUUUGUUUUGUUUGUUUAUUUUUGCCACAACUCCCUUAAAAAACUUAGCUGUGGGUACUAAGAUGUUAUGUAUUUCUGUCCUUAAAAUGAGAACUUCUUUUAAACCCUAAAGAAGCCAUUGUGUCCUGUGCAUUUGAAUUGUAUAUUCUGGUGAGGAAAGAUUCAGACACUUCAAGGGCAGAGUCAUGCUCACAGUGGUACCUUCUCAAGUUGCCAUAAGAUGUCAGUGGAGUAAAUCAUAUUUUUACAUUUACAUAUCAGGGAACAUUUUAUAUGGUCUGUUUGUAUAGUUAAAAAGAAGACAAUUUUGUAUGUUUCUUUUUUUUUUUUU